UGCAUAUUUACUUAUUGGCAAUUAGGUAAUUAUUUGCAAUGGUGGGGGGCAAUAGGACAUGUUCUUCGUAAUCUCGUUAGGUGCCGCCACAAGAGAAUGUCGAGGUUACUUUAUCCGGUGAUAGGUGGAAAAUGGUCGAAGAUGGAUCCGAUGGACGUGGAGGUGCCGAAUCUUCACUACCUGCUAGAGAGGGAUCCCUAUUUGCAGCCCUACGAGAUCGAAAUUCACCGAAGAUAUGCUUGCCUCAAAGACAUUUACGAGCGCAUCGAGGAGAGCGGCAACGGUAUUGAUGAUUUUACCAAGGGCUAUAACUAUUAUGGAAUUCAUAGACGAGAUGACAAUAGCAUUGUCUGCAGGGAAUGGGCUCCUGGAGCAAAAGCCCUUUAUUUAAUGGGAGAAUUCAAUGAUUGGAACAGAGAUGAACAUGCUUAUACUAAAUUGGAGUAUGGCAAGUGGGAACUGAUUAUUCCUCCAAAAUCUGAUGGUUCUGCUACUAUAGAACAUUUAACUGAAGUUAAACUAGUUGUGCAAACUGCUGAUGGUACCAAAGUUGAAAGAUUGUCUCCAUGGGCAAAGUAUGUGGUUGAGCCUUCUAAAGGACAUGGAACAAUUUACAAACAAUUGAAUUGGGACCCUGCACCUCACGAAAAAUAUACAUUCAAAAAUUUGAAGGUUCCUAAACCAAAAAGUUUAAGGAUAUACGAAUGUCACGUUGGAAUUGCAAGUUCUGAAAGUGUAGUUGCUUCUUACGAUCAUUUUACCGAUCACAUCCUAACGAGAAUCAAGAAUCAAGGAUAUAAUGCCAUUCAAUUGAUGGCUAUUAUGGAGCACGCGUAUUACGCCAGUUUUGGAUACCAAGUUACUAGUUUCUUUGCAGCUUCCAGUAGAUAUGGGACACCCGAAGAAUUAAAGAGAUUGGUAGAUACAGCACAUAGUAUGGGUUUAUACGUAAUGUUGGAUGUUGUGCAUUCGCAUGCCAGCAAAAAUGUAUUGGAUGGAUUGAACGAGUUUGACGGCACAGACUCUUGUUACUUUCAUUCCGGUACAAAAGGUUAUCACGCAUUGUGGGAUUCCAAGUUAUUCAAUUAUUCUGAGUAUGAAGUUCUGAGGUUCCUCCUCUCGAAUUUGCGAUGGUAUUUGGAAGAAUACCAAUUUGAUGGGUUUAGGUUCGAUGGCGUCACAUCGAUGUUGUACCACUCGCGCGGCAUCGGAGAAGGAUUUACAGGAAACUACGAGGAAUAUUACGGAUUGAACGUGGACACUGAAGCGCUAAUUUACUUGAUGCUUGCCAAUAAAAUUAUACAUGAUCUGAGUAGCAAUGCUAUAACAAUUGCUGAGGACGUUUCCGGUAUGCCUGCAGCUUGUCGGCCCGUUGAUGAAGGUGGUCUAGGAUUUGAUUACCGCUUAGGUAUGGCUAUACCAGAUAAGUGGAUUGAACUACUUAAAGAUGUUAGAGAUGAAAAAUGGGACAUUGGAAAUAUAGUGCAUACAUUAACAAAUAGGAGAUGGAUGGAGGGUACCGUAGCUUACGCAGAAUCUCACGAUCAGGCUUUAGUUGGAGACAAGACCAUUGCUUUCUGGUUGAUGGACAAGGAAAUGUACAGUCAUAUGAGUAAAAUGUCGGAACCAAGCGCAAUUAUCGAUAGAGGCAUAGCCCUGCAUAAAAUCAUACGUUUGUUAACACAUACGUUGGGCGGGGAAGCUUACUUGAAUUUCAUCGGUAAUGAAUUUGGACAUCCUGAAUGGUUGGACUUCCCCAGAGAAGGCAACAAUAGCUCUUAUCAUUACGCAAGGAGGCAGUGGAAUUUGGUUGACGAUGACUUAUUGAAAUACAAAUAUUUGAACAGGUGGGAUGCGGCUAUGAAUCACCUCGAGGAUGAGUACGGUUGGUUAUCGAGCAAUCCAGGUUUCGUAUCUUGUAAGCAUGAAGAUGAUAAGGUCAUCGUGUUCGAAAGAGCCAGCCUACUGUUCAUCUUUAAUUUGCACGUUAGCAAGAGCUUCUCCGAUUAUCGCAUUGGUUAUGAAGGAGAAGGAAAGCUUAUGGUCAUUUUAUCUUCAGAUGAUAAAUAUUUCGGAGGACAACAACGCGUGGAUAAGUCUAUUUUUCAUUUCACUACUGAUGAACCUUACGCUGGUCGAAAGAAUUCAAUUAAGGUUUAUAUCCCAUCGAGAACAGCAAUAGUCUUAGCUUUGUUUUAAUAGAUAUAUCACAGAGAUGUAUUUUUGUUGUAUUGAAUAAAUUUUGAAGUUGAA